AUGGCUCGCUCUAUGAAAGCCAGCGAGCGGCGCCGGGGCAACAUGACGUCGCCCGUUCUGACCCUGCUCGGCGUCUCCACUGUGCUCUUCGCCAGCCUCUUCAUCAUGAAACGAGCCAUACACAACGUACGGCCACAAGACAUACCGAACCCGCCGCCGCCGACUCGUGCGCACAAGUCUGCGAGUGGGAACGGAACAUCACCAGCGCCGCCAGCCGGUACCGGCAGAGUACCAACACAAGCCGUGUCACCUGCACCAGAGAACACCCUGGGAGGAAGCACCGGGACAGUCAGGCAGACGGUCCCCACCAUUCCGCCGGAGGCAGUGGAUGAAGCCACGGAGGAGCCUCUCGAUGAGAACCCCGAGGAGAACCAAGAGGAGAGUCCGGAGGAAGAACUGGUGGAAACUCCGCAGCAAGAGCAGGAAGAGAGCCCUGAGGAGGUUGUCGAGGAGAGUCCAGAGGAGCCGAGUCCUGAGACCGAGCCCGUGGCGGCGGGCCGCACUCCGAGUCCGGCGGAACUCCUGGAGGCGGAGAUUCCUCCGACGGGUAGUAUGGAGGCGCCGCUGCGGCGUCGGCGCCGCCACCACCGCGCCGACCUGAAGCCGUGGCUGGUAGGCCAGCUGGACCGAGACCGAUGGCACCAGCAGGAGCGCGUCCAGAUCUUCAGGAUGCCGCCAUUGCCCUGA